AUGAGUGACAAGGAAUAUACCACAAAGGAUGUCGAAGCCGGCAAUGUUCAAGUGAAGGAAACACUCCCAGAUGUAGAGACGGGUGCUUCUUAUGAGCAUUACGACAAUUAUAUCGAUGAAGAAGAGCAGGGUCCCCCAGAUUCACGUUGGAAAAAAAUCAAGGAUUCUUUCAAAAGGGCAGAGGUGCCUGAAUUAGAUCCCAAUUUGACUGAAGCUGAAAAGAUUGCGAUUGCCACGGCUAGAUCGCCAUUGCAGCAUCAGUUGAAAAAUCGUCAUUUGCAGAUGAUUUCUAUUGGUGGUGCCAUUGGUACGGGUCUUUUUGUUGGGUCUGGUACUGCGUUAAGAACUGCGGGACCCGCAGGUAUUCUAAUUGGUUGGAUUAUUGCUGGUUCUAUGAUUUACUGUAUGGUUAUGUCAGUUGCUGAACUGGCUAUCGCGUUCCCUGUGGCAGGUGGUUUCACUACUUAUGCCACUAGAUUUAUCGAUGAAUCGUACGGGUUUGCCAACAAUUUUAACUAUAUGUUACAAUGGAUUGUGACUUUACCUCUUGAAAUUGUGGCAGCCUCUAUUACUGUGAAUUACUGGCAUACCGAUAAAAAGUAUAGAGAUGGUUUCGUUGCACUGUUUUGGGUUGUUAUCGUGAUAAUUAAUAUGUUUGGUGUUCGUGGUUACGGUGAAGCCGAAUUCAUUUUUUCCAUUUGCAAAAUACUUAUGAUUGUCGGUUUUAUUAUCUUAGCCAUCAUUUUGAUUUGUGGUGGUGGUCCAGGUACGGGUUACAUUGGUGCUAGAUAUUGGUACCAUCCUGGUGCAUUCGCGGGCGAUACUUCAGGUAGAAAAUUCAAGGGUUUCUGUUCCGUCUUCGUCACUGCUGCUUUUUCAUUUGCCGGUAGUGAAUUGGUUGGUUUAGCAGCUGCAGAGGCUUCAAAUCCUCGUAAAGAUGUCCCAGGUGCUGCUAAGCAAGUGUUCUGGAGAAUUACCAUGUUCUACGUCUUGUGUCUUUUGCUGAUCGGUAUGCUGGUUCCAUACACUGACCCUAGAUUGAUUGGAGGUUCAUCAGUCGAUGCAGCAGCUUCUCCAUUUGUUAUUGCCAUUAAAAACCAAGGUAUUAGUGGAUUGCCAACGCUUGUUAACGUUGUCAUUUUAAUCGCAGUUCUAAGUGUUGGUAACAGUGCCGUUUAUGCAUGUUCAAGAACUCUGUCAGCUUUGGCAGAUCAAGGAUUUUUGCCUAAGUGUUUCUCCUACAUCGAUAGAAUGGGUAGACCAAUGGUCGGUAUUGCCGUUACAUCUGCAUUUGGUUUAAUUGCCUUUGUAGCACAGUCUGAUAAAGAGGGUGAAGUGUUUGAUUGGCUCAUGGCAUUAUCAGGUCUUUCAUCUCUUUUCACCUGGGCAACUAUCUGUCUAUGUCACAUCCGUUUCCGUCGUGCUUUAGCGGCACAAGGUCGUUCAACAAAUGAAUUAGCCUUUGCAUCUCCCGCAGGUGUUUGGGGUGCCGCUUGGGGGUUAUUCCUCUGUAUAAUUAUGUUGGCCGCUCAAUUUUACGUGGCACUAUUCCCUCUUGGAGCUCCACCAAGUGCUAAUGAUUUCUUCCAAGGUUACCUAUCUUUGCCCAUUGUUCUAGCUAUGUGGCUCGGACACAAGAUUUGGAAAAAGAACUGGAAACUGUUCAUUAAGGCAGAAGACAUGGACAUAGAUACUGGUCGUAGGGAACUGGAUCUGGAUUUGUUAAGACAACAAGUCGAAGAGGAAAGAGCUGCAUUGGCGGCAAAGCCUAUGUGGUACAGAAUUUACAAGUUUUUCUGUUGA